UCUUUACCACUUAAUGGUGAUCGGUUUGAAUAUUUGAUUUCUUCUUUGGUAAACCCUAUGAUUUGAAAUUAACCAUUGGUUUUUGUUUCGUCCAUCUCCUACAAGUUGGGUGCGCGAACAUGAUCCAUCGAUCGGCUUACGUCAAAACUCCUUCCUCUCUAUUUCGUACCCUCUCCGUCUUCAUGCUAUUCCUUCUCCGACUCUCCUCCGCGCCGCAUCCUAUUGUUUGAAACAUAUUAUAGGAGUCAAAAAUGGAUUUCGACGAUGAUUAUUGCUUCGGCGGCGGGGAGGAGGAGGACGAGGCCUUGUACAGCGACGGUGGUAACGACGAGGAUGAUUACGAUUUCAUCGAUAAUGCUUCUGAUAGUUCUGAUGUUGCUCCCUUGAGUCGUCACCAGGUGCAAAACUAUACAGUCUUGAGUGAAAGCGACAUUCGUCAACGCCAGGAGGAUGAGAUUAUGAAGAUAUCCACUGUGCUAUCCAUUUCAAAGUUUGCAGCUCGUAUACUGCUUCGUCACUAUAAUUGGAAUGCUGGUAAAAUACAUGAUGAAUGGUUUGCAGAUGAAAAGAAAGUUCGCAGUGCUCUUGGCUUGUUGGAGAAACCUCUUAUGGAAUAUAAAGAUUCUAGUGAGAUGACUUGUGGGAUCUGUUUUGAUACCUAUCCUGGUGCUGAGAUGCUUGAUGCUGGUUGUGGCCAUCCUUUUUGUAGCUCGUGUUGGGAAGGCUAUGUCAGUGUAGCCAUCAACGGCGGUCCUGGAUGUUUGUCAUUGCGGUGUCCCGAUCCAUCAUGUGGUGCUGCUGUUGGUGAAGAUGUUAUCAAUUUAUUGGCUUCUGAUGAAGAGAAGGAGAAGUACUCUGCUUAUUUUAUCAGGUCUUAUAUUGAGGACAACAAAAAGACCAAAUGGUGCCCUGCUCCUGGAUGUGAUUUUGCUGUGGACUUUGCUUCUGGUAGUGGAAGCUAUGAUGUUACGUGCAAGUGCUCAUGCAGUUUUUGCUGGAAUUGCACUGAAGAAGCACAUAGGCCUGUUGAUUGUGAUACUGUCGCCAAAUGGAUAUUGAAGAACAGUGCUGAAUCUGAAAAUAUGAAUUGGAUAUUGGCCAAUUCGAAACCUUGUCCAAGCUGCAAACGGCCAAUUGAGAAAAACCAAGGCUGUAUGCAUAUGACUUGCACACCACCCUGCAAGUAUGAGUUUUGCUGGCUUUGCCUUGGUCCAUGGUCUGAGCAUGGUGAGACGACAGGUGGUUUUUAUGCAUGUAAUCGUUAUGAAGAAGCAAAAGCAGAUAAAGAGUUUCAAGAGGCAGAACAGCAGAGAGAGAUAAUCAAGAACUCUCUUGAAAGAUAUUAUCACUAUUAUGAAAGAUGGGCAACCAAUCAAUCAUCCAGACAUAAAGCUCUUGCAGACCUAGAGCAAAUGCAAACUGUGCACCUUGAGAAGCUCAGUGACCUGCAGUGUCAGCCAGAAUCACAGCUAAAAUUCAUCACAGAGGCCUGGUUACAGAUCGUUGAAUGCAGACGUGUUUUGAAAUGGACAUAUGCCUAUGGCUACUAUAUACCUGAGAAGGAGAAAGCAAAGAGAGAGUUUUUUGAAUACUUGCAAGGUGAAGCAGAGGCUGGAUUGGAACGACUUCAUCAGUGCGCUGAGAAGGAACUGGAGGUAUAUCUCACGGAAAAGAAUCCAGAAAGAGAUUUUAACUGUUUCCGCACUAAACUUUCUGGACUAACCAGCGUGACAAGGACUUUCUUUGAGAAUUUAGUAAAAGCUUUGGAGAACGGUUUAUCAGACGUGAACUCUCAUGUUCCAACCAGCAGAAGUGCAAGCUCAAAGAGCUUAGGAAGGAGCUACAGUGGGAAAAAGGGGAGGGACGAGCCUAUAACGCCCAGAUCAAAUUAUUCUGGAAUUGGUGGAUGAAGAUGGGAACUGGAAAUGUAUAAUAAUGUACAGGGUGUGUGUAUUGCCGGCAACCUGAGGGAGAAGCUUGAGUUGAUGGAGAGGAUUUUGACUUGCUUCUCAUGCUGAGGUCUCGCGAAAGGCUGAAGGAUUUUGGUUGCCAGCGUUAAUUUUAGCCCUCUAUUUUCACCUCACGCGUUAACCUCAAAAGGUUUAACUCUCAACGGGGCCUAUUCUUGGAAAGUUAGAAGGUGAAAUGCAGGAAGGCAUUUGAUUUCUUAAUAAGAGGAAUUUGAGACGCACCAUGGUCCUUUCGUUCGGUUUAAGUAUUUUCUUCUUCAAGUCUUUCUAUUUUGAUCACGAGAGACUCAGGAUCGAUGUUAUAUGCCUCAACAUCAGAUUCCCGUGCCACUUUUAGGUAGUUUUCACAGUAAAAUUGAAGCUGGCUAGUUCAUUUUGCACAGUUGAUGGUUGCCACAUUAAUCUGCAUUCUUUUGUGAAAAGUGAAAUAUAGAUCAUCAACAUCAAGCUUCUGUUAUUACUUUCCUGCUCACCUGAUUUUAGUCCAAAUUAUGAUUCUUCUAUUACAAUUGAAUCUUCCUAUAUUUAUAUAUCCGGCGAAGUGACAUGAUAAUGUGAUUAUGUAUAGACUAACAUUAUCUUUGCA